AAUACAGGUUGUCAUGCAUUGACUUGGUACUCUUUCAUGAGGGGGAUACCUUACUUCAAAGCUUACAAAAUGGAGCCAAUGAGCCGGUCGUCGACCAAUACUCACAAAUACAGAUGAGUGUGUACGUCACAAAGGGCCUCUGAAAGAGUUAGCAACUUAAAAGAGGUAGGGAUAAUGACGAUACAUUCCUAGUUAGCAGACUCAGCUUAAAAAGUAACAGAACAUCGCCCGUCAACCAAGAUAAAAUAUAUGUAUAAUUACGCUACGCAUCUACAAAUAAAGCUCAACAUAUACAUCAUAAAGCGCCUCUGAUAGAAUACAGACUGUUGAAAAUUCAAAAGAGAUCGUUUUUUUCACCAACUUACCUCCGAAUAUACUUUACAGCCAGCCAUUCGUAUGAAUGCGGUCCGCUCUCGUCGAAGCCAUGUUUGGAACUACACGAGGCUCCGUAACCCGGAAAAAUCCGGAAGUAAAAUCGUAUAAUGGAUGUCUAUGGGAGUGUCGUAACCCUCUUUCUAAGGCCCUGGGAUGAACCAACGGCAACGAGCCAAGUGAAUCGCCCACUCCUCACUACGGCGAGGAGUUGAAACACCGCCAAUUACCAAGAAGGGCAGAAUUGGUAACAAACAACUGCAGCUCGACAAUCCGAAUUUGCCGUCUUCUCUAAAACCAUGGCUGGACGUCUGGAGGACCAUUUUCAAUGUCCCACCUGUCUGGACAUCUUCAAAGAUCCUGUCAUUCUUCUGUGCAGUCACAGCUUCUGCCGUGCGUGUCUGCAGCAGUGGAAGGACAAAGCAGAACGAUCGUGUCCAGUCUGUCGGACAGAGUUUAGUUUGAUGGAUCCGCCUUUGAACUUGGCACUGAGGAAUAUGUGUGAGAACCUUUCACGUGCCUCGCUCAAAUCAGAAGACAUCUGCAGCUUGCAUGAGGAGAAACUUCAACUCUUCUGUUUGGACCACCAGGAGCUUGUGUGCCUCGUCUGCAGAGACGCAGAAAUACACAUUGGUCAUACGUUUCGGCCCCUCAAAGAAGUUGUGAAAGGUCAUCGUGAUGAACUCCAGAAAGGCCUGCAGAAGGCCAAGGAACGACUCCAAGAUUACAACGACUGUCGAGAAAACUGCAAUGAACAAGUAGACUACAUCAAAGUCCAGAAGGGGAAUGUCGAACGCAAGAUAAAGAAGGAUUUUGAGGAUCUCCGUCGCUUCCUGGACGUCGAAGAGGAGGCCAGGUUGGCUGCGGUCAGGGAGGAAGAGAAGAAAAAGAGUCAGACGAUGAAGGAGAAGAUGGCGGCUCUCGACAGACAAAUGGCCGCUCUCUCGGAUGUCAUCAGAAACACUGAGGAGCAGCUGGCGUCUGGCAAUGUUUCUUUCAUGAAGAAGUUCAAGACUGCGAUGAGCAGAAUCCAGGAGCUGACUGAAAAACCGCAGCUUCUGCCGGGAGGUCUGCUGGACGAAGCCAAACACGUGGGCAACCUCAAGUUCAAGGUGUGGGAGCGGAUGAAGGAGACGCUCGCCUACAGUCCUGUCGUUCUGAACCCCAACACGGCCAAUCCAAGAAUCCGUCUCUCCGAAGAUCUGACCGGUCUGAGUUGGGAAGAAGUUCAGCAGGUGCGUCCAAAAAAUCCAGAGAGGGAAGAGGGGAACUGUGUGCAAGGUGGUGCUUUGGACCUGGGAAGACACGUGUGGGACGUUGAGGUGGGAGACAACAAUAACUGGGCUGUGGGGGUUAUGUGGGGGGACCCUUGUUUGCCAGUGAAAAUGACUGGUUGGUUUAUUGGAUUUCGUGAUGGUAAAUACAAAAAGCCCGGUGGCAAAUAUGGAGAAUGGAAUCCGCCUGUCAAAGUGCAGAGGAUCCGAGUUGAGGUGGACAUGAAAGAAAGGGCGGUGUCCUUCUCUGAACCUCUGACAAACACCGAAUUGUGGAACACUAAGAAGGCUUCCGAUUGGCCAGACUUGUCCGGUAACACCAAAAUGUAUCCUUACUUUGACACAUUCAGUAAAAUUCCUCUCAAAAUAAUCCGCAUUCCACCUGGUGUUACGACUGCCAUCAGUUUGCAGUCAAUUUGACACAGUUUAAUUCUUUUGCCUCAUUCCUUUUAUCAAGUGAAUUGACUCUCACCUAUUGGCCAGGUCAGGUGAUAAGACUUUAGUGGAGCAAGUUAACCCUUGAGAGUCGAAGGACGCGCCGGCGCGUCCUCAGCGCACGUCGUCUUUGAAGCGCCCUCACGUUUUAAUUACGUCACCCACAUGCCUUUGGUUGGUCUCGUUUUAAAGUGCGGAAGUUGCGGUUUACUCUCGUUAUUAUUUGAAGUCAAUCGACCAACUAGAACGUGAGAUAUUGUCAUUUAAGUUUUAUAGUUUUAUUGUCCUCUCAAAAAAACAUUAAAACAUGCAUGGAUCAUUUGUUUAUGUCUAUAUUUCCAUCAUUUCUUGUCCUUUUUCAAAACGGAAGCUCCAUGAAAAAAACACAAAUCAAACGAACCCUUUCGAAGUCACAGUGGAAGCACAAAAUGCGUUUUUUUUUUUUUAUAAAUAUAACUGCCGUGCGAGGUUCUACCGAACGAGAGGGAGGAGUGUUCUGAAGCAGCGAGGUGGCGAGCGACGGCCGUUUGGUUCGAGCAGCGACUUUGUGUGACUUUGACAAUGAACGGAAAACUAAAUUUAGCGCAAGAAAUUGUGCUUUUUGAUCAACUUGAGGAAGAGGAUGGUCCAAAUUCGUCAUCAUCGUCUUCUUCGGAAGAGUCCUCGAGUGAAGAUAGUGACGGAUUUGAACACGUGGGUGACGCCAUCG